AUGGAUCCAAAUGCCGGAUACCCAGCGGGCUUCCCGCAGAACCAGCAGAUGCCUUUCUACCCAAACUCCAUCCCCCAAUAUCAGCCCAACACUCCACAACAACAACAACAACAACCCUUUGGCGCAAUACCCAUGCAGCCCGGUCCCGGUGGAGUUAUGAUGCCCUCAGGUUUCCAACAAUCAUCCGCAGCAUCCCUUGAGAAUUUCUCAGCACCCUUCUCGCAGCCGCCAGUGGCCGCAAACAUGAACCAAUUUCCGCAGCCACAAGGCUCCACGGCCCACACGCCCUCCACCGUGGCGCAGACCUUUUCGCAAAACAUGGCCUCGCUCUCGGCCAACAAUAUGCUUCCCAACCAACAGAAACUCCAACCGCAAACUUCCUCCCCCCAAACCGCGCCUCAGCCUAUGUCCCCGGCGCAGGCGCAAGCUCAGGCCCGAGAGAAAUCACGCGUCACGACCCUCCUCGAUAUCAACUCUACGUUACUGCAGGAGGUGGUGAAUCUUCAAGCCGCGGGCAAGGCCGGGGCUGCUUCCAACAACUCAAACCAGGACACUUCCGAGCAGUUGGCGGAUGCGCCAAAGCCCGCAGCGCAGAAACCGAGCCAGGAAUACAUCGAGUGUAUGCGCCGGCUGCAGGCCAACCUGGCCUACCUAGCGACCAUUGCCGACCGCGCAAAGAAAUCGGGCGGCGUGGCACCUCAGGCUCCCGCUAUCAUGACGCCGCCACCCAAUCUGCCCGCGGUGCACGAUCUGUACGGCAAACUGAACGAACUGUUCCCACGGGGAGGCAAAGGUUCAGAGGGCACACCGCACGCCAAGCUCACACCACCAGGCAUGCAAGGCAACGGCGGGCCGAGCCCUUCGUCCAUGUCGGAGUCCGUCUGA